CUUCUCCUAUAUAUGCAACACAAGCACGAAGCAACUUAAUCAAGCCACUAACUACUAGUACAAUGGCUCCAAUGAAAUCCCAAAUCCUCUCGAAAAAACUCGUAAAACCAUCGGCCCCCACGCCGAGGCACCUCCACAAGCUGAAACUGUCCAUCAUGGACCAGCUCAUCCCACCGACGUAUCUCAACAUGAUCUUCUACUACUCCCCCGGAGAGAAAAGCAGAGAGAGAUGCGUCGAGUUGGAGAAGUCGUUGUCGGACACGUUAACCGAGUUUUACCCGUUGGCGGGGAGGUUGGCGGUGGAGGAUCUCCUGGUGGACUGUACCGACGAAGGGGUGGAGUUUUCCGAAGCCCAAGUUUGCGGGAGAAUCGCCGAUUUUGUUCACGGUGGUUCCAUGGCUGAGCAGUUGGAUCAGUUUCUCCCGUGGGAGUGUGGUGCAGAUCCCGCCACCGCUCCCCUGGCGGCCGUUCAGAUCAACCUCUUCGACUGCGGCGGCAUAGUGGUGGGCGUGCGAGUUUCCCACAAAGUAGCUGAUGCGUUCUCAAUCAUAACAUUCGUUAAUGCAUGGGCCACUGCAAACAAAACUAGCAUCAAGAAAGUGUUCUCCCCAAGUUUCAGCUUAGGUUCUAUGUUCCCAACAAGCAACCUACUGCCGAAAAACCCUCCACCCUCGGGAAAAAACGGUGUUAAAAUCGUCACGAAGAGGUUCUUCUUCGGCAGGGUGGCGAUCCAGUCCCUGGUGGUGGCCGCCGGGGGCUCAGUCUCCCAGGGGGCGGUGUUGGCCGCGCUCUUAUGGAAGGCUCUAAUCGGUGCGGCUCGAUCGGAACAUGGACGCUUGCGACCUUCUCUACUAGUCUACCCAAUAAACUUGAGAGACAAUAUCAGCAUUUCAAUACCGGGAAAUUCAUUCGGGAAUUUCUCUAUGCUGUUUAUGGAACGAUGCAUGCCAGAAAAGGGCAAGAUGAAGUUGAAUGAUCUGGCAGGCUCGAUAGGAAACGCGGUGAGGGAAACGGACCCGAAAAGGACGAGCAACGCCGACGAUCUUUGCGUGAUGGUGAGCGAAUCGUUCGGGGAAGCAAGGAGGGAGAAGAUGCAUAACGAGAGAGUGGACGUGCAUUUGUGUGCUAGCUGGUGUGGAUUGCCUUUGUACGAAGCCGAUUUCGGGUGGGGGAAGCCGGUUUGGGUGAGCAGUUCGAACAAGUACGAAGUGAUUCAUUUGAUAGAGAAUAGGUGUGGGGAUGGAGUUGAUGCUUGGGUGAGCUUGUACGAGAAUGAUAUGGCUGAAUUUGAACGGGAUCAAGACAUAUUGGCCUUCAGUUCAUAGCAAAGUUAAGCUCCCUGGUGAGAUAUACUAUUAGAUUGUCAAGGUUGCGCUUGGAUUGCUGAGCGAAAAACCAAAAGAUUGUGUUUUGGAUCACCAAGGGAAAAUUGGAAAAUAUAAGGUGAAAAUUUAAAAGAGUUUUAGGGUUUUUUUUUUCUUCUAUCAUUUUCUUUGUAUCCUUCUCAGAUACAAGAUCCAUGGCAAUUUAUCCCAACACAGUAGUUGUAAGGGAUAUAUUUGUCCUUUCUUAUAGAUAUUGAAUUGCCUGAAUGAAAUAGUUAGGCUUUUUUUUUUUUUAAAUUAUAAAAUGCUUUACUUGUUGCCCGAU